AUGCAUGCGCCAAAGCGCUCCCAGAGCGAUGCGUUCUCUCCAGGCAUGCCGAUGGACGCAGCCCUCUUUGCAGGCGGCAAUUGCGAUGCGCAUGCAAGCUACGGGUCGGAGUGGCGCGAGAUGCCACGCAGCCAGUGGGCGACCCGUGACUGGCACCAGCUGGCGUCGGUGGUGGACUGCCACGUCGUAAAGGAGCACCGCGUGCUCGACGUGGCUCCAGCUAUUACUUGCUACACCGGGCUUCAUCUGUUGUUGCCCGUCUUUGCCGUAGUCGGAGGGGUCGCCUAUUUUGCCAUGCCCCUUCCAUUGACUGGCGCGGAGGGGAACGUCCAUGACGUGGAGCCCAGCACCCUUUGCCAUCCGUCGGCUUGGCUCCAGGGCAGGAAGCGCCGCGUACAGUGCACGAAUUUCGGUCCGCUUCAGCCCAAUCCAGAGCACAUGAAGUGGACUGCGUAUGCUGACCUCUUUUCGUGGGUGGCCCUCGUGAUCAUUGCUACGCAGACCACCUACACCAGCGCCAGCUGCUUCAAUGAGGGCGGGGAGGAGAAGAUGUACUGGGAAGUUUUGGGCUCGAGCCCCGCAGGAGGGCAGGCGGCCAAGCGCUACAGGACCCAGGUGCGGUCUCCGUCGGUUGUCGCGGCGCUCAUCCUCACCUCGGGGGGGUCAGGCUUCCGCCGCGCCCGCCUCGCCGAGCCCGCGCCUCCCACCACGUACGCGGCGCCCGCGACGACGUACGCCCAGGCGGCGCCCCCGGGCAUGCAGUACGUGACGGAGCCCGUCGCCACGCAGCAGGCCCCGGUCUACGGCGCGCCGGUGACAUCUCUGGCGGGCGGUGCCUCCAUGCAGGCUGCCCCGGUGUACAUGACGGCGCCCGCGCCUGCCAUGACCACCACAGAGCCGGCCCAGUACGCCGCGCCCGUGGAGUACGCGUACUUCCCCUACACG